AUGGCCAUGCCCAACCCACGAACGGUGUUGACCUCCGCGCCGUCACCGCCCGUCGGCUGCUCCUCCUCCACCACCUCCUGGUCGGCGCCGGCGGAGUUCAUGGCGCCGGCGCCUCCGUCGCCGUCCGACGGCGAGCUGCUGCGCUCGCUGCACCGCCUCGCGCGGGACCUGUCCGCGGCCGCCGAGACGCCGGCCCCGUUCCUGCGCGGCGCGCUCGCGCCCAUCACCAGGCGGUCCAGGCUCCUGGCCGCCGCGUUCGACGACCUGGUCCUGUGCGCCGCGGCGGCCGGGGGGGACAUGCCGCGGUCCGCGUCGCUGUGCCUCCGCGAGGUGCUCCUCGUGCUGCAGCGCUUCAAGGCGCUGGCCGCCGACUGCGCCGCGCGGAGCCGGAUGCGGCUGCUGCUGCAGUCGGACGAGAUCGAGGAGGAGGUAAGGGAGCUGCACCAGGACCUGGCCACGCUGCUCGACCUCCUGCCGGGAGUCGAGCUGGGCCUUGCCGACGACGUCAUCGACCUGCUGGACCUCGCGUCGCGCCAGUGCAGGCGGUUCGCGCCGUCUGUGUCUGUCCAGGCGGAGCAGGCUCUCAAGGCCAGAGUGCUCUCGCUAAUACAGGAAAUCGAGCGGGAGAUCGUGCCGGAGCGGGAGAGGCUGCGGGAGAUCCUGGAGGAGGUGGGCAUCAACGACACCGCGACCUGCGGCGAAGAGAUCGAGAGCCUCGAGCGGGAGAUCGGCGACCGCGCCUCGGAGAGGUGGACGGACGCCAUGAUCGCGCUCGUCGGGCUGCUGCGGUACGCCAAGUGCGUCCUGUUCAGCGCCACGCCCGGCCUCCUUCGGAUUCCAAGCCGGACCCCGAGCGGCCAGACGUACGACCGGGACUCCAUCUUCCGGUGGUUCGACUCCGGCAAGUCAACGUGCCCCAAGACAGGGCAGGUCCUUACCGUUUUGGAGCUCGUGCCCAACAAGGCGCUCAAGAACCUCAUCGCCAAGUGGUGCCGGGAGAACGGCGUCGCCAUGGAGAGCAGCGAGGCGAGCAAGAGCGAGCCGGCGCAGGCGGUGGCCGCGAACAAGGCGGCGCUGGAGGCGGCGCGCAUGACGGCGUCGUUCCUCGUGAAGAAGCUCUCCAUCUCCUUCUCCCCGGACGCGGCCAACCGCGUCGUGCACGAGAUCCAGCUGUUGUCCAAGUCCGGCGCCGACAGCCGCGCGUUCGUCGGGGAGGCCGGAGAAUGCGGCGGCCGCCGUGCUCAGCCUCGCGUCCGUUCACACCUACCGGCGCCGCCUCGGCGGAACCUGUCCAUCGUGGAGAAGCUGGUGCAUCUGGUCCGCACCGGUCCGACGAGCACCAAGAAAGACGCGCUGGCCGCGCUGCUGUCGCUGGUGGGCGAGAGGGAGAACGUGGGAAAGCUCGUCGACGCCGGCGUCGCGCAGGCGGCGCUGUCCGCGAUCAGCGAGGAGGAGACCGCGGCCGCGGUGCUGGCCGCGCUGGCAAAGCGCGGCGGCGCGGAGGCGAUCGUGGGCAUCGACGGUGCCGUGGCGCGGCUGGUGGCCGAGAUGCGGCGCGGCACGGAGUGGGCCAGGGAGAACGCGACGGCGGCGCUGGUGCUCCUGUGCCGGCGGCUGGGCGCGUGCGCGGUGACGCAGGUGAUGGCCGUGCCCGGCGUGGAAUGGGCCAUCUGGGAGCUGAUGGGCACCGGCACGGAGCGCGCCCGCCGCAAGGCCGCGUCGCUCGGCAGGAUAUGCCGCCGGUGGGCCGCCGCGUCGGCCGCCGACGGCGAGCGGGGCAGCGUGUGCCCGGCCGCCAGCAGCGUCGUGCCUCCGGCCAUGAUGGCGUCGUAA